AUGUUUUCGUUUUAUGCCGCGGAAACCCCCGAACAGGUCAAAAAAGCCCAAGGCCUACAUCUGAUAACUUCUUUAACUCCAAACGGAAGGAAAGUCCACAUUCUGCUCGAAGAACUCAAAGACGCCUACGGCCUUGAAUGGAAAACGAGUCUGAUCGAUCUCGACAAGGACGAAAUCGACCGCGACAAGAAUGAACAGAGAAAAGACUGGUUUCUCAGGCUAAAUCCCAAUGAUACUUCUCUCCCUUUGAAUAUGUAG